UAUACCUGUACAAUCAUGGCUGAAUAUGUUCAUCAAGUUCCAAAAUCUAGAUUAUUGCUGUUUACCACUGUCUGUAUACAGACCGUUCUGACAUUGACUACGCAUGCGCCACCAGACUGCCCUCUGCCCUUGCCCUGCGAGUGUAACGGGAAUCAACAGAUCGUCUACUGUAGCAACAAAAGCCUUCCUGAGCUGCCACCUAUUCAAAAGUCCGAGGGCAAGUGGACAUUUUAUCUCGAUGACAACAGGAUCGAGGUCAUUCCUGAUAACUAUUUUAGUGAUGUAAAGGUCAACUUUCUCUCCUUGGAAAACAACGAUAUUCACACAAUUGGCGAGAACGCGUUUCAAGGAAGUGAAGACUCCCUGAAUUAUCUGCAUCUUGAAAACAACAGUAUGACCGAGCUUCCAAACGCAAUAGGAAAACUUCGGCAACUAACCGCCGUGUCCAUUCAAGGAAACCCAAUGGUGGAUCUAACAGAAACGGUGAUCAGAAACCUUACUUCUUGUCUUCAGUUAAUCAGUUUUGGAUCUAAAUCGAUGACGAAAUGGCCAAAGAAUAUCAACUUUCUUAUAAAUAUUUUCUCUAUAGAUUUAUACGAUGUACAAUAUCCCGAGCUACCAGAGGACGCGUUUUCUACGUUUAAAGAUAACUUGGUGUUCCUAAACCUCUAUAAUACCGGACUAACAAAACUGCCACCUUCUAUAAAUGAUUGUCAAAAUAUAUCUUCUAUGAUUUUCCAGGAAAAUAAAAAAUUAUCGGCAAACACAAUCACUAAAUCUAUAACUCGGGGUUUUCCAUUUUUAACAUCGAUAACUUUUCAAAACAACGGAUUAACUACUUUGCCAUCCAUGUUUUCAAAAUCGACUAGAAUAGGAAGAAUAGUAGUUAGAGAUGAGCCAAUAGUUUAUCUUCGAGAUGACACUUUUCCGCAACAUUUGAGUAAAUAUCUGCAUUAUUUACCGUUUAGUGGUACGAGACUCACCAGCAUUCCUUCUGUACUUUCCAACUUAGAUUCACUGACAGGGUUAUCAAUAACAAACAGCCAGAUUCAGGAAAUUCAAGAUGGCGACUGCAGCAGUUUAUUUAACUUGGGAGUCCUAUACUUAAGCUAUAAUCCUCUCUCACUGAUCUCAGAAAAUGCCUUUCUGAACAAUAAACAACUGGGUAGCAUUGCAUUAGACCAUUCUAACUUAACGACAGUACCUAAAGCUUUAAAGAAAGCACUGUCUCUUCAAACAGUGGAUAUGACCUCAUGUCAAGUUGAGUGUUCCUGUGAAAACAUUGGGUGGAUCAAGUCUUGGAAAAGCAUUCCUACGUUUUAUGGAUCUUGUUAUAAUCUUAAUGGAACCAGUUUGAUGAUCUACAUUACAGAUCAAAUUCCUAAAUGUCCUUAAGUCGAUGAAUGUUUCACAAAUCUAUGUUGAUGUGUUUAUGGUAAUAGUAACACAAUGUACAUGUAUAUAUAAAAUGAUUGUUUUUUAAAGUUAAAUUUAUCUAAUGAUAUUUUAAUGUGUUUUACAUAUUUUUACUCUACAUAUUCAAGGAUUGGAAUAUUUCUCAGUCACAUUGUCAUUUUAUAAAUUUGAUAGUCGUAUAACCUCUCAGAUUCAAAAUAAACAAAUGACAAUAAUUACUUUUUGUUUACUUAAAUAAAUUGAUAUUCGUAAGGAAUGAGAGCGUUCUAACAGUGUUCUGUUAAAAAUAUGUGUUUUACAAUUUUUUACUCUACAUAUUCAAGGAUUGGAAUAUUUCUCAGUCACAUUGUCAUUUUAUAAAUUUGAUAGUCGUAUAACCUCUCAGAUUCAAAAUAAACAAAUGACAAUAAUUACUUUUUGUUUACUUAAAUAAAUUGAUAUUCGUUAGGAAUGAGAGCGUUCUAACGGUGUUCUGUUUUCAGUCAUGAUUGUUAAUUAAAGCUGUGCUGCAUGAUUUGAUAUUUAAUGUCAUGGAAUAUAAAAAACAGGUUUGCACAUGAAAAUGUUAUUAAUCAUUUGAUUUUGGAAACA